AUCCUUACUCUGUGCCCUAGGUGAAAAUAGGUAAGGUUACCUAUCGAGAGUGGCAGCCCUGAACACAGUACUCAUAUAAAAAUAUAAAACUCAUAUUAUGGCCACAAGUACAAACCAAAACAAAAGAGUUCACUUUAUUCGCCACGCUGAAUCUGUAUGUAACGUUCUGAGAAGAGAACUCAAAGCAUAUAAACUUCCAAACGCUGUGAUUCCUGAUCCUGGUUUAUCAUACGAGGGUAUGCAACAAACCAACCGUCUGAAAGAGUAUCUUGGGCGCACAUUAAAACCAGAAAUAGCUAUUUGUUCUCCAUAUACACGGACAAUACACACCUGUCUUUUGUCCUAUGGUUCAAAUAAUGUUGUUGUGAGUCCAUUAUGUGGUGAACGUGUUUCAUCCUGUGAUGAUAUAGGAUUACAAGCCAGCUAUCUUCAAGGGUUGUUCCCAAUGCUUGAUUUCUCCUCCUUGGAUGAAAUAUGGUGGUACGUACAAGAUGGUAUCGACAGUCAACAAGAAGCAGUCAGCCUUAUUGCGCAAGGGAAACUAGAAUUUGAAACAAACGGGAAUGUAACUACAAGGAUGGAAAAGUUCUAUGAUUUUCUAUUGAAAAGGCCUGAACAGAAUAUUGCAGUAUUUGCUCACAAUGAUUUUCUUUGUGAAUUUCUUUCAAAGUAUUUUGGGUUUACUGAUAGCCAUCUUGAUAACUGUGAGGUGUUUUCUGCAAAUAUUUAAACAAUUAUGUUAUACUUGUAACUUGUUGACAAAGACACUGUAGACUGAGAUAUAUCCUUUUUUUCAUGCAACGGAUCCCAGUGUGUAAACACGGUUUGUCAGACACAACUACUUUCUUCAGGUAGCUGUCUGUCUACAAUAGCACAUUUCUGAGUGUGAGUAAUCUGCAAUCAUGCAACAAAUAACCUCUUGAUAAAUGGUUAGAGUAACUGGGUAAGGGUCCCCAUCAGGGUUAGGAUUGACGGGGGUUGGGUGCAGGCAAAGUUCAGGUUUUAAUGUCUAAAACAAUGUGAGUGUUGUACGCAUGCAUUCAUAAUAUUGUGUCGGACACAUAACAUCUUCUAUACACAUUGGGAUCCAGUGUCGAUGAAUAAUCUCAUUUUUUAUUAUUGUGGCACUUGUUAUUCCAUAUUCCACUCAUGAAAUUCACUUGUGCUGGAAAGGUUGGUCUUAUUAUAGGAAUUGGUGCAGCAGAAUUCCUACUCAUACAUUUAAUAAAUACUUAAAGAUCUCAGUAUUUGUGAUUAUAUUAAUUUUCAUCUUAUCAGGACAUCAAAACAGGGAUGUUGGUGGGAAAGUGAGGAUUGGUGGGGUGGGAAACACAAGUGGUAGAUGUGGUUCACUGCAGCAGUGAAGUCAAAAGUCCAGUCAAAUGUCCUGGAAAAACUAAAUUUUCAAAAUGCUAUAAAUCAUACCUGAAUGUCCAAACAAUGUGAAAUUUUUGGUAUAGACUAAUUUGAGCAUGAAGACUUUGGGGGUCUUUCACUCAGUGUAGAUUAAUUUCAGCAUGAAAAUUUCUGGGCUCUUUUGAUAUAAACUAUUUUGAGCAUGAAGAGUUCAGGGGUCUUUCGAUAUAAACUUUUUUUUUUUUUAUUUAUUUAAAAAUUUGCCCUAUUUACAUAAACUAAUUUCAAUAUAAACUAAUUUCAAUAUAAACUAAUAAAGAUUUCUGGAGUUCAUUUCUGCCAGAUAUGAAGAU